UAUGAGUCAUACCCCCGCAAAAAUGAGACACAUUCCGACAGAUUCGGAGUAACGUGUUGGCUCUUCGAAAAGAAACCGAUAAAUUACAUGCAUAAAAAAAGAUUAAACACAAUUCGUUAUUAAAAACGUUAUCGAAUUUUUAUAACUCGAAUUCGAAAUGUUUACCUUUCGUGAUAAAAUAAAAAUUGAAACUAAUAUCUUAAUCAAAGAUAAAAUAGUUGAGAGAUAAUCAGUUUGUUUGAUGACUUAUAGGAAGUUUAGAUAUUGAAGAGUAUAUAAAAGACCGGAGCGUAGGAAACACAUAAACGGGUGUGAAAAUGAAAGCUAUACAUAUUUUUGUUGUUAUACUUUCGUUGGGGUUAGCUUCUGCUUCUAAAACAUAUUUCAUGAGAGGAGUUAAUGGAGGAUUAGAAUGUGCAGCUUGUACUAUUGUUGUUGGAUUAUUGGAACAAAUUGCUGAAAUAAAAUCAAAAAAUAUAAGUGAUGUCGUUUCUAAUAUCUGUGACGCUUUACCAACUACAUAUGAGAAAUUCUGUCGAAUUAUAGUGCGUUUAUGGGGUCCUAUUAUAAUAGACAAAAUGGUGAGGAAAGAAUCUUCAGAUGUAAUUUGUUACAGUGUGGGAUUGUGUCAUGUUGAUAAGGAUGAAGAAUUUUGCCAUCUUUUUCCUAUACCUAAAGAAGGAAUGUAUCCAGCUGUUAUGAAGUCUCAACAAGCUUCUAGAACUUUGCAAAAUAUUUUACAGUUAAAUUUUAAAAGUGCAAAUUCAUUUUGUGAUCAUGAAGUGUUACAGUUUUUGUGUGAUAUGAUUGACAGAUUUUUAAAUCAAGCCAAACCCCUCAUAGAUCUGGAUGGUGAUAGUUACAGUACUGUUCAGGUAAAUUAUUUUUAAAAUAUUGUAAAAAAUUUGAUACAUAACUUUUUAAACAAAACUCUUAUUAAAUUUUGCUUCAACAAUUAAAGAACUUUGUAACUUCUAUACUUUAGAGCAGUGGUUCUCAACCUUUUUUUCGUCACGGCACACUUUUAGUACUUUAAAAAUUUGGCGGCACACUAACAAUAAGAUAAAUUGUAAAAAAUUUUACUUCAUUAAUUGAGGGAUGUACUGUACCUAUAAUAUAUUUUGUAAAAAGAGCAUACGAUAAGAAUUUUCAAUGAAAUAUAAAAGGAAAUUGCAUUACAAAGUAAACAAAAUGUUUUGUGUCGCGGAAACGGCACACUUCAGAAAUUUCGGGGCAAAUCAGUGGCGGCACACUUCAGAAAUUUCGCGGCACACUAAAGUGCCGCGGCACAGUGGUU